AUGGCAACGGUGAUCACGCAGAGCUGGGACACGAUGGCCGACAAAAUUCCUGCCGUGAGGAACGAGCAUCACGAAAUGCUUUCAUCGCUGCCCUUGGCCAUUCUCCUUCACUAUGGGAGGAUCGUAUAUUUCCUGUUCGCAGCGAGUGAAUUGGCCAUCUUCAUAUUCAAAGGAGUUCGUCUUCCGUAUCCCCCGAAUAACUUCCUCACCGAAAUAUCGCUCCUGGUGUUCCAGACACCAUUGGAAGUGAUACGACUAAAACUAGGAGAACGCGGGAAUCUGGCUGAGCAAGCGCUGCCCCUGCUGCUGUCGUGUUUCCUGGCUUGUCCAGCAAUCCUGGCAGCCUUAUACUACGCUCUGUGGCAAACUUUCGUCCUGCGUUUCGAUGUUGUAUUGGCCUCGAUCCUGAUUUGUUUCCAGGGCAGUCAGAGUAUUCUCGCACUAGCAACAGCGGUUUCAUUCGGGAGGAGCUCUAAAUAA